AUGCCCUGCUCGGUUCACGGGACCCGCACAGGGCGCUGCUGGGGGGGAAAUGCACGCGCGAUGCGCCGACCUGCGGGACACGCACAUGGACUGCGCGGAGCAAGCAGAUUGGUGUCCAAUGGCGCGCGGACGAUCGCCCACGGAAUCGACGGAGCUUGUGGCCGCCCACUGCUAGGCGCCCGCCUCGCCCAGGCUCGUUGUCAGCGCACCUCGAGGCCCGUGCGGCACCAUACACGCCUCGUGUGUCGCGCAGCCAAGGCGGACGUGGGCGCAGACUCGCCCGAGACUGCGGCCCCGACCAAGCGCGGCGAGGUGAUGCUGGUGGCGGAAAGCCUCGGCAAGACGCACGACGGAGAGAAGCAGCUCUUCCGCGACCUCACCUUCAGCAUCCACAAGAGCGACCGCGUCUGCGUCAUCGGAGCGAACGGGAGCGGCAAGAGCUCCCUGCUGUCGAUCCUCGCGGGCUCGGACGCCCCCACCGACGGCUCUCUGCAGGUGAAGCGCGGCGUCUCGACAGGGCGCUGCCUCCAGGACCCCGAGUACGACCCGGACUGGACCGCUCUGGAAGCCGUGCUGUCGUCCGCCGGCGGCGCCGCCGAGGCGCUGCGGGAGUACGAGCGGGCCGCGGCCAGCGGCGACGCGGACGCGCUGGCCGACGCCACGGCGGCGGUCGAGGCCGCGGACGGCUGGACGCUGUCGAGCGAGGCCGAGGCGUCCCUGUCCGCGCUCGGCAUCGCCGACGCAACCGUCAAGAUCGGCGCGAUGUCGGGCGGGCAGCGGCGCCGCGUGGCGUUGGCGGGCGCGCUCCUGGGCGCGCCGGACCUGAUCGUGCUCGACGAGCCGACGAACCACCUGGAUUUCGGCGCGAUCGACUGGCUCGCGGCGCGGCUGGUCUCGCAGGGCGCGGCCACGACGGUGGUCCUCGUCACGCACGACAGGUCCUUCAUGGAGCGCGUGUGCACGCGCGUGCUCGAGAUUGACCAGGGCAGCGCGUACAUGCACGAGGUGGGCGGAUCGGGGUCGUACGGCAAGGUCCGGGAGCUGCGGGCGGAGCGGCGCGCUGCGCAGCAGGCUGCGGCGGACGCGGCGCGCACCGUGCUGCGAAAGGAGACGGAGUGGAUGCGGCGGCAGCCGAAAGCGCGCUCGACGAAGAGCCGGGCGAGGAUCAACCAGUUCUACGAGCUCACCGCGAAGGCCCGCGACCGCCCGCAAGACGACGUGGUGCCCGACCUCGCCGCCGCCGGUGCCACGGCGCAGCGCCAGGGCAAUGUCGUGCUCGAGGUCGACAACGUCGCGUGGGGCCACGACCCCGCGAAGCCGCUCUUCCGCUCGUUCUUCUACGAGUUCGGCCGCGGGGAGCGCAUCGGCGUCGUCGGGCGCAACGGCGCGGGCAAGAGCAGCCUGCUCGACGUGCUCGCGGGCGUGAACGCGCCGACGGAGGGCGCGGUGACGCCCGGGGAGACGACGGCGGUCGGGUACUUCACGCAGCACCCGCCGGCGAUGCCCGAGGGCUCGCGCGUGAUCGAUUACCUCAAGCAGGACGCCGCGGGCGGCGACGCGGGGUCCUGGGAGGACGGUUUGCGUCCGGAGGUCGUGCUGGAGCGCCUCGGGUUCCCCCGGCCGCGGCAGCAGCAGCUGAUCGGGCUGCUGUCGGGCGGGGAGCGCCGGCGGCUGCAGCUCGCGGCGGUGCUUGCGGGGCGUCCGAACUUUUUGUUGCUGGACGAGCCGACGAACGACCUGGAUCUGGACACCGUGGAGGCGCUCGAGGGCGUCCUGGCGUCGUACGGCGGGACGCUCGUGGUGGUGUCGCACGACCGCGCGUUCCUCGAGGGCUGCGCGGACCGCCUGUUCGUGCUGGAGGGCGACGGGGAGGUGCGGCUGUUUGACGGGCCGUACGGGGAGUACGUCGAGGCGGUGCGGGAGCGCGAGGCCGCAGCGGCGCGGCGCAGCGCGAGCUCGAGCGCGACCGCGGACGCGAGGCAGCCGCGGGACAAGGGCGCCGCCCAACCACAGGGGGGGAACAAGGUGAAGAAGCUGGCGCCGUGGGAGGUGCGGGAGCUGGAGGAGCUGGAGGGGGAGGUGGAGGCGCUGGAGGAGCGCGUGGGGGCGGCGGAGGCCGGGAUGGCGAAGGCGAGCGCGGCCGGGGACUACGGGAAGCUCCAGGAGUGGACUGACGAGCUGGGGGUGUUGCAGGGGGAGUUGGAGGCGAAGACGGAGCGGUGGCUGGAGCUGGCGGAGCGCGCGGAGGCGGCGUGA